AUGGGGUCGACCGCGCGUCUGCGAAAACUUUUGGCUAAAGGAGUAGACAAAGGGCCUGUCUGUGUCUGCCAUCCGCCAGCCAUCUUCUGUCAAUUCUCUUGCGGCUGCAAUUCUCCCUUGUCCAAUAUCGCCAGAGCUCUUUGAACAAGAUUCCCCGCACCCGAACCCAGUGUCGUUGACCAACCAAGGCUGACAUCAUGACUGAAGUCAUUUUCAACAGGGAGCGUCACAUCAAAUACUUCCUCCGAUGCCUUAAGACAUUUUUGCCAGAACCAUACACAUUCAAUGACUCCAAUCGCAUGCUUCUCGCCUUCUUCACCGUUGCCGGACUCGACAUCCUGGGCGUUCUCCAGGACAAAACCACCCCCGAAGAGCGACAAGGGUACGUCGAUUGGAUCUAUCAAUGCCAAGUGCCUACAGGGGGCUUCCGAGGAUUUACAGGAACAGAUUUUGGGGUAGAAAAUCGAUCGCCGGUGAAUGAAGCUUGGGAUCCAGCCAACGUGCCAUCCACUUUCUUUGCGCUCGUCAUUCUAAUCAUCCUGGGCGAUGACCUGUCGCGGGUGAAGCGCCUGGAGUGCCUGCGGUGGCUCCCCCAGUUACAGCGUGAGAACGGGAGUUUCGGCGAAGUGCUGGGGCCAGGAGGCAAGAUUGAGGGAGGUGGAGAUCUACGGUUCUGCUGCUGCGCGGCAGGGACGAGAUAUAUCCUACGAGGGAAAGAUGGCGCAGAUAUACAAGGGCUGCGGGAUAUCGACGUUACCAAAUUAGCAACCUUUGUUCAGGCUUGUCAGGCUUAUGAUGGCGGAAUGGGAGAAGCCCCGUUUUGCGAAGCACAUUCUGGCCAUACAUAUUGCGCCAUUGGCACUCUGUCAUUUCUGAGUCGCAUGGUGACGAAUCAACAUCUGCCGGCAGUUCUCUCACCUGGUGCUACAGAGUUUGAGACUUUGGUCCGAUGGUUAGUCUCUAGACAGACGGCAGAGCUUGGUGAAGUGGAGGAAGAUUUCGACGAGGGCGACGAACAAAUCGAGAUCAGCCAGUGUCACAAGCCAUUACCGACAGUGGCAGUCGAAGAAGCUGACCUGGAUGCGGAGGUGGACGAACUGCCUGCUCUGUUGUUGCCCACAGAGGCGUCAUUACGGUGGGCCGGCUUCAAUGGCCGAUGCAACAAAUAUGCCGAUACAUGUUAUUCCUUCUGGAAUCUAGCAACUCUGGUUAUGGUGGACCGGUUAUCUUUGGUCGACGCGGAUCGGAACCACCGAUAUCUUUUGGACAAGACGCAGCACAUCAUUGGGGGGUUUGGGAAAGGCGUAGGGGAACCACCAGAUCUUCUACAUUCUUACUUUGGCCUAGUUGCCCUCGCGUUUCAAGGCGAACAAGGACUGGGCUCGGUCGAUCCAGCGUUGUGCAUCAGCCAGCGGGCAGUGGACCACUUGCACUCCCUUCCCUGGUGGCGAGGAAAUGUUUGAGCCAGUGUGUGAUAGACCAGCGGACGGGAUUUUUUAUUGUUUAAAGACGAUACCCCCUUCUUUUCGGCUUUCUACUUCAUUUGGGUGAUAUAUGUACUAAUGAACGAGUCCCCGUGCGCUUGUUCCAGCACACUCACGUGAUCCUCGAACAUUUUCUUGGGUCGCUUGAAGUCUUAAUAAUAUGUCACCAGCAGGAUGCAAUCAUCAUCACGAUCAGUGCCCAUAAGAAAUUCAUGGCAAGUGGGAACGGGACUAUUGCGGGGGAACUCUGUUUAUUGUCAUACUGGUUUAGGUUGGAAAUGCGUGUGCGGAGUAAUGAAUACUUAUUCUACUAGAUAGGUAUUUGUCCAUC